UUUUUCCCCCUCCCUAUACAGGCUAUCCGCUAAGUAUAUAUAAGCACAUAAACAAGCAGAGGUCAACAAAACUCUUUUGUGACCUUUUCCCAAUCUCCCCCCAAAACCAUGGAUGAUAGCAAUUCUUCUGCAAAUGCUACCCCAUCAAUACCACUCAUUACUGACUUUAACCUUGAUUUCGUAGAACAAAAUAGCUUAAACUUCAAUCAUGUAAUUGAGAUGUUAAGAGGUUCAGAAAUCUCAGACCCAUCUGCUAUUUGUAUCAAUCAAAACUUUGACCCUCUUGCUUUUACUAGAAAUAAUGUAUCUGACAAUUAUAGCAUCAAUAAUUUCUACCCAAUAAUUUCCCAAGAAAACCAUGUUUUCAACAACUUCAACUCCCCAACCAUGUCUUGUACCAACAACAAUACCAUACUCAAUUCCUCGGUGUCCGGUUUCGACGACGAAACCAUCAGAGGAGGAGGAGGUGAUGAAGAUGAUGAUGAUGACGACGAUGACGACAACUAUAUGGAUGGCGAGCAUUCUUCGGCCACUACAAAUAAUAAAGGCUCAUGUACAUCUUCUAAGAAGGGGAAGAUGGAUAGGUCGAGAACUUUGAUUUCUGAAAGGAAGAGGAGAGGAAGGAUGAAGGAGAAGCUCUAUGCUCUUCGUGCCUUGGUUCCUAACAUCACUAAGAUGGACAAAGCAUCAAUAGUUGGCGACGCAGUGCUCUAUGUGCAAGACUUGCAAAUGCAAUCAAAGAAACUAAGAUCCCAAAUUGAUGGCCUCGAAAAUUCUUUGAUAGCGGCAGAGAGAUGUCAAGGCUUUGGUGAUACCCCAAAUAAAAAUUCUUCUCAAAACCAUUUUCUUCCAGUAUGUAAAAUGAUUAUGCAGAUGGACGUGCUUCAGAUUGAAGAUAGAGAAUUCUAUGUUAAGGUCGUGAGUAACAAAGGUCAAGGUGUAGCAGCAUCCCUUUACAAGGCGCUUGAUUCUUUGACAACUUUUGUGAUCCGGAAUUCCAGUCUAAGCACUCUUUAUGAGCAAUUUGUAUUAACCUUUACCCUUAAUGUUGCGAAAUGUAGGGAGGACUUUAACUUGCCUAACAUGAAAGUGUGGAUAAGUGGGGCUUUUCUGAACCAAGGAUUUGAAUUUCAAUCUUUUUAAUCAUGAGGUCAUGGUGUUUAAAUCUACAAUUUUUGUAAUUUUUAUUAUGAUUUGUAUGUAAAUCUAAUUGGAAGAAAUUAGGCGCAUGGUUAAGGAUGCUAAAUCUUGCAAUAUAGGAGCGUUGAAUGUUAACAAUGCUUCACAAUUACAAACCUUUAAAUCUAUAAAAUACCAGUCUUUUUAAUUUUCAGUA